AAGGACCAGAUUUGUAACUCAGUCAAUCAAGGGGUCAAAAGCGACUUGCAGAAAUCAGACAGAGGCGGGAAAACGAAAAGCCAGAGGAGAGAGAGAGAGAAUGAAGGAGAGAGGUGCUACCGGCAACGGCGGAGGAGUACGGCGGUCGACCGUCGAUAACCGCUAUUCACAGUGGAAGCAUCUCGUUCCGAUUCUCUACGACUGGUUCGCUAACCACAACCUUAUUUGGCCCUCUCUAUCCUGCCGAUGGGGACCACAGUUGGAGCAAGCUACUUACAAGAACCGCCAACGACUCUACCUAUCAGAACAGACUGAUGGUAGCGUACCAAACACACUUGUGAUAGCAAAUUGUGAAAUCGUUAAACCUAGGGUUGCAGCAGCAGAACACAUAUCACAGUUCAAUGAAGAAGCACGAUCGCCCUAUGUAAAGAAGUUCAAAACUAUAAUACAUCCUGGAGAGGUGAAUCGCAUCAGGGAGCUUCCUCAGAACAGCAAUAUAGUAGCUACACACACUGAUAGUCCUGAUGUCCUGAUCUGGGAUGUUGAAUCUCAACCUAAUCGCCAGGCUGUCUUGGGAGCCACAGCGUCUCGUCCUGAUUUGAUUUUGACCGGUCAUCAAGAAAAUGCCGAGUUUGCUCUUGCCACGUGCCGAAGUGAACCCCUUAUACUUUCUGGAGGCAAGGACAAAUCAGUUGUCUUUUGGAAUAUUCAUGAUCAUAUAUCUACAUUAGCAACACAACCAAAGACCGAUGGGCCUGGUGAUAAGCCUUCUGAGAGCCCUAUUGUUCAAGCAAGAGGCGUGUUUCAUGGACAUACUGAUACUGUUGAAGAUGUACAAUUUUGCCCCUCAAGUGCACAAGAAUUCUGUAGUGUUGGUGAUGAUUCUUGUCUUAUUCUGUGGGAUGCAAGAACAGGUUCUUCUCCAGUUGUCAAGGUUGAGAAAGCGCACAAUGCUGAUCUUCACUGUGUUGAUUGGAAUCCGAGCGAUGAAAAUCUUUUACUAACAGGGUCUGCUGAUAACACUAUUCGCAUGUUUGAUCGUCGGAAUCUCACUGCAAAUGGGAUUGGAUCACCCAUCCACAUAUUUGAGAAUCACAAGGCCGCUGUUCUUUGUGUACAGUGGUCUCCAGACAAAUCAUCCGUCUUUGGCAGUUCGGCAGAAGAUGGAGUCUUGAACAUCUGGGAUCAUAAUAAGAUUGGGGAACUUUCUGGUCCAUCCACAAAACCGGCACAAGGCUUAUUGUUCCGUCAUUCUGGGCACAGGGACAAGGUGGUUGAUUUUCACUGGAACGCACAUGAUCCAUGGACAAUCGUUAGUGUAUCUGACGACAAUGAAAGUACUGGUGGCGGUGGUACCUUACAGAUAUGGCGGAUGAUUGAUUUAAUUUAUCGCCCACAAGAGGAGGUUAUAACCGAGCUGGAUAAGUUCAAAUCUCACAUUCUCACUUGCUCCUCAGAACAGAACUCUUAGGGUUCUUAAGAUUAUUAUCACCUUAAGUUCAUUGUAUGGUUGUUUAUCGUAGACUGUUGUUGUUAGCUUUUGAACUUAAACUGCAAAAUCGGAUUGCUUUUGGUAAGAAAAGGUGCAAUCUGCCUUAAAGGUUAUUUUAUCUUGUGUGUUAGUUUUGGAUAUCUAUUGUUUGAUCUAAAAACUUUAUAUUAAAAUAUGCACUUAAGUUC